AGCCUAUGGAGAAAACGUUAUUAAAAAAAGUGAAUGGUUAUGUCAUAUAUUUGCCUUACAAAAGUACGUAACGUCAUUUAUUCCGAAGACUGUUCGCCGUUAAUGUGUACUGUACGUAGCAUGCACCGCAGUGACUGCUAUAUAAAAACAAUUCAUUCCGCGUUCGUUCCGUGAGGCAAGGACUGAAAGGUAGGUGUUUACAUGAAAAUUACUGAUUACUUUUGCGUAUAACUGAUGUAAGGUGCAGCUCUAAUAUCAGUAUAUAUGUAAAGGGAAAUAGGGGGUUUGCAAGUAUACUCUUUGGAAACAAAUUGCGCAUUCUGAAAAUUGGUCAAGUACAGGUAUUUGGAAGGAAAUAUUUAAAUUUAAGGAAGUAUAAUAUAUAUAUAUAUAUGUAGAUGAAUUGGUUUAAUUAACCUGAUGCAAUAAAUAGCGGUGCUCCGGUUCUGCUCGUAUGUAGCUUUAUGUAUUAUUUGUUAUUUGGUGGUUCAGUACAAUACAAGACAUAUAGCCACUGAUUUAUGUCAAAUUUUUUAAAAAUAAUUUGUGAUUUGUCAGGAUAUUUGUCAUAGACCUUUUACAGUUUAAGGCAGUGAAGAUUCAAGCCUUGCUAUGUCACUGAUUUACUAUAAAACAUGCUAAUAUCAGAGUAUAUAGACUAUAUAGACUAUACUCAUCAAGCUAUAGCAAAUUUAGACGCCCUAUCCUGUAUGUUCUUGUGAAAUACACAAACUAACGAUAUAUUGUUAUGUUCUAUCUAAUUUAUAAAUUUUAAAUAAUGGAACCUGUUCAAGCCAGUCUAUUUUGUCAGGCCUACUGUGGUACGGUGGUCUUCGGAAUUUUUUAUUAAACCAAUAAACUAUACAUAUGUGCAACACCAAACGCACCGAUCUUUUUUUAAAGUGACUUAUUAAUACUUCUGUAUAAUCCUUAUUAUUUUCAACAAAGACAGUCAGGAACGAGGGAAACACCCUUAGGUAAUGAUUAUUAAAGAAGGAACAUUACAAAUGGUUUUUCCCGUCUCACUGAUGAUGGUUAAUUGGUUAGGCAAAGCUCUCAUGAUUAUUUCUGCUGUUCCAAAGUCAGUUGCGACAUGUUUUCUGCUUUGUAUUUGCUAUUACACUAAUGAUUCUAUUAAUGUUCUGAACAUGGUUCCAGAUUGUAUAGUUGCAUGGUGUAAUAAACAUAGUUUGCGUGCCGUCAUUUAUUGUGUCUUGCGGUAUGUAUUGAGUCUUGCGGUAUGUUUUCAACUAUACAAUUAAAAUUGUGAAAUAGUGCAUGGACAUAAAACAUUAUGAUAUACAAUCAUGAUAUGCGACACCUUUCAAUUUCGACAACUAUCACUUUAAAUGCGCCAGUGAUAUUACAUAGAAACCUGGCUGAAACUUGAAAGUCAAGCUUCUUUUGCUAAAUAUCGGGUCUCAACACUAAUGUUUAUUGGCAAUGAAUAUAUAUAUAUAUAUAUAUAUAUAUAUAUAUAUAUAUAUAUAUAUAUAUAUAGCAAACUUUAUUUUUUAAGACUAUAAUUGUGUGCAUGCAUUGCUAUAAUGCAGUCAUCACUUGAAACUCUUGUCGCGUUUAACAUCAAGAAGUACGCCAAGUUUGGGGGCACAACGUUUUUAUUAAAAUGAACGGUGAUAAAAAUAAUAUUGCAUAUUACAGUAAGACCAAUACAUGCAUUAAGUAAUAGUAAAGUUAUUUUGAGAAAAGGAACCGCUCAAGGAAGAUUCACAUUUGAGAAAAGGAACUCAAGGAAGAUUCACACGGUGCGGCCCAUUUACCAAAUCGUUCACUUAAUUGAAGGCGUAUACGUGUGGAACGCGGAAGGUUGGGAGAGCAAAUUAUAUAUCGUCGCAUUCGUAUUUAGCCAACCUGAUUUGAAAAUAACUUGCAUGCAUGGUCGAAUAUAAUUAUACCAAACUUAGGCUAUACUUGCCUUCGUACGAUAUUACAUGUAUAAAAUCUUCGGAGAUUCCCUGGGAAGUCUCAGUCUCUUUGUAUCACACUUUAUCAAUGAAAGUUGAUAAGUACAAAUAUACUUCGUGGAAAAUUGGGAGCGAAUAGAACUUUUUGUAGAACUAAAAUAUUGAUUAUUAUAGACUGUUGGCAUAUAUGAUCAUGCAGAUAUACACUAUAGCUACAACAAAAAUGAAAAUAGGAUAUUAUACAUAGAUUCUUCUUAAUUUUAACAUAUGUUUUAAAAUUUCUGCGUCAUGCCAUUUUACAUCAUGAGAAAAGUGAAGAAUAUAGUUGAAAAAUGUAGCAAAUUGCGCGUUUCGCUAUUGAAAUUCUGUACACAGGAUGUUUAAUGCGGAACAAUGGCGCAUAUUAAUCCUAGUGUAUCAUGUGUCAACCAAGCAUGCGCAAUACAUAUAAAAUGUGUUACAUACUAGAAAUUCGGUAAAACGCACACGCAUUUCGUUGGUUUAAUUUGUCUAUGAUUCUGAAUUUAACAAAAUCAGUCCUCUUCAUUUUGCAACGUGUAGAAUUCUGAUAACGAUUUUCGAAUAAGGGAUCAAAGUAAUUGCAGCCAUAAAAAGGUUUAAAAGAGCAUUACAGCUAUACAUAAUCUUGGAACGUUGGUGAAGUAAUAGGAAGGUAAGAACAUUGAAUUAAAGCAAAUCAAAUUGUAGCGAAAUUUGUACACUGUAUUAAGAAUAUUACUCUUCAUUUAAUAUUUCAUAAUUUAUCAGUAAUCUUGGAGACAAAGCUUGAAUUUGUACAGCUGCAGGGCAGGUAAUGUGGACACUGGGUUAAGACUUUGAAUAUGUCGCAAGUAUUUGUAGACGCUUUAAAAGACGACUUUUGCCUUCAAGGUAAAACUCGAUGGCUUAAUUUCGCGACGCAAAACCAUGAACACCACGGCGUGCUUGCUAAUCGACACAUAUUCAUUUGAGCUGGUCAAUUUUACUUGGAAAAUAUAGCUCGAAAGUGACUGAUGGCAUGCUUUAUUUAAUUCAAUCACAAUUGCAUUCAUGCAUCAUCCAUCAUGGAUGCUGUGAGGUUUUGACCAUCAAUUUGUUUCAUUGCAUAAGAAGAAUUAUGCCGGAUCAAUGUACAACCAAAAAUUAUAAUGAUUAUAUGGCCCAAUUUUUCAGGGAAAUAUAAUAUAAUAUAUCGUUUUCUUUACCCUUCGAACUAAAUAUGUUUAUAAUAUGUAGUCCGUUUAUAAAGCCAACUAUAUAUUUUCGUGUGAUUUGCAUUUAGUUUACAAAUCAUACUUUUAUAGAGAACGUUGCACGAGUCGGUGCAUGAGAACAGUUUAAACGUCGUAACUCGUACGAAAUAGCCUUUAUAAUCUGUUGUACAGCAUGUUUAACUGAAUCAAAUAAUCAUUUACUUUGCUAUUUCCCUACAUGCACUAUGUUAUUGUAGGUAUAUACGGUUAUUGCCAUAAACGUAGCAAAGUUUACCUUUUUAUUUUAAAAUACAAUGUAUUUUAACAGCUUGUUCAUGUGCAAUACAGUAUACUGUAGUUAUAACCGCUGGAGUGUGAUUAAUUUGAACUACGCUCUAUUAUUUUAUUAUAGUGAAUCAAAAUUACUUUUAAUUGUAAUUCUAGAAUGUCAUCAUCACCGUCUCGGAGGCUGCAUGAGCAACAUAUCUCGGCGUUUCUGAUUUUUAUUCGAUUUUUCGCAAACUUUUUAACAAGAAUAAGACCAAAAACUCAAACAUGCCUUCCUAUAUAUAUGCAACUGAAUAUAGGUCUUAAAGUAAAGGGCGCAUGUAUGUUAAGCUUGCAUGUUCUGAGUUUGAAGUCCAGCAAUAUAUUUAUGCAGUGUAUUACUCAACGGCUCCAUUUCCCUAGCUAAAUACUCGUGCACCGACACUUUUCAUCAUUAGAAAGUGCUCAGUGAAAAAUAUUUAACUUUAAACAAAUGAUCAUCAUAGGCGUGAUCUCUGCGACUUUCCAUCAGUAAGACAUAUCAUGGAUUUGUUUGAAAACGACAAUCUCGCAGUCCCAUAAUAUCAUGGAAUGAAAUAAAGACAAACUGUUAUAAAUAAAUGAUUGCACAGAAAACGUGUUUUGUAUUUUCAAUUGUAUGAAUUUAAUGCAAUUUGAGGCAGGUAAGAGACUGACAGGGACAGGGGCUUUAUAGUUAAGAUGAGCUCUACUGAGCCAAUUAAUUCGAUCGCUGCACGAGGACCAAUUCUCGCGGAGCUUAAAAGUAGGCGUUGUACACAACUCUGUUAAUUUGAAGGAACUAAUUUAACUCCCGUGCAGUAUACUGUAGUUAUUUUGAACCAAAUUUAACUCCAAAUGUGGAGUAUGAUAAGGUUCAAAAUAACCCCACCAGAGUUAAAAUUAACUCCCUGAAAUUAACAGUGCGCAUGCACAUGCAAGACGUAAACAUCUGUGCAAGAGUUUCCCUCGGUUGUAAAGACAGAGCAUGGACGACAUCUAUAAAACCACCGUGCUGUGGGAUUUUCAUUAUUUGUUUAUUCUGUGAAUGUUAUGAAUUUCAUUGUACCAUGUCCUACGUGCACGUCCAGAUUAUUUUCACCGAUAGAUAACUUUGAUUCUUGUACGUAGUAUGCGGAGUUCUCAAAUAUUCAGAAGUGCUAUGACAUUUUGAGUAAUUUGGUCUACACACGUCUUCAGGGACACCGGAACGACGAGAGGGCAAAGGGGGCAGACUUUCGUCGAAGGGCACUUUUGAAUUGAUAUAUAUUAAAGGACGUUUACGAAACAUCUGCAUGGAGUUUAACGCUGCCAUAAUCACGUUUCUGAUUUGUAAAGAAAUAGGGAGAUCUGCGGUUCUCCCCCAGAGGAUUUUGAUAUUUUUGAAGCUCAACGACUGCAUUUCUGGCACAAAAGAAUUCAGCCCAAAAUGCCCAAAAUGACUGCUGUCGUACGCGAAAUUUGAGCUAUAUAGAGGCUCGUUUAAAUCAAGUUCUUUCAAGUAAUUUUACUUUUUAUAUAUUGUUAUCCCUUUACAGUUAUUCUAACUUCGCCCUCCUUCUCAGCCAAAUUUUUGUUUCAGAGGUCUUUGCGAAAAAUAUGAGGUGACACGCACGUUAACAGCGAAUUGGAAUAACACUGGAAUCAUAUAAACUUAAUUUCCAUACAUUUCUUACAGUUUUCCAGCAAAAGUUUGUUAUAUUAUAUAGUUUAUAUAGUUCUAUAAUAACGAGAACGAAUUCUUUCUGUUAAUAACAAAUAUUUUCCUUUAAUCAAAAGGCCACCUUCGGCCCACCCCCCUUGCCCCUCCUGGUAAAGGGCAAGAGGGGCAGCUGCCCCUCCUGCCCCCCAGUUUCGGUGUCCCUGCACGUCUUUUAAACUUUCUUUCAUGAACGAUUUUGUCACUAGUUUCAAGAACUGAAAAUCGCGUUGCAGCAUUCCCUCUGGUGCGUCGCAUGAUCGUUAGGGCACGGCAACGCCGACGAUGGCCAGAACAGACUCAUUCAAAUAAAUAAUUGUAAAUAAAACUUUUUGUCUAUUGUCAGUCGUAUGCAUUUGAUAAAAUUUGAUGAGGAUAAAAUUGUGGCGUUAUAGUCCUACUUCAGUAUACGGUAUAUACUUAAGAAUUAGCUGGAGAAAAUGGUAAAAAAACUGUUUACGAACUUCAUAGCUUCUAGUACUGGACCUCAAUUCCACUAUCUUCGCUUCAGUUUUCUCAUGGGACGAAUGACCAAAUUUCGUGAUUCAGAUAUAUACUGAGUUCACUGUUCAGGCCUUACAAGUGACGUCACAGCACAUGUGUAAUUGUUUGACUUCCACCAUUUUGGGUGCAGGGAAAUGUUUACUGAAAAUAACAACAUGCAUAACAACAUGCAUGGCAUCAUCCAUUAACCACUACAUCUUCCCAAGUUUGCUUCGAUAGAGUUCGAAAUGGUCGCUUAAUACGAAUUCAGAAAUGCCAUGAUCUCUGCCUGAGUUUCUUUCUGCCUUUCAUCGAAAAGGUCUGAAACACUGAAUAGAUUUUUUCCCGAAAAUGACAAAUACAGCAAGAAAUUGCAGGCUAGUAAAAUAAACAAAAAAGUAUGUUAAUCCUAUUUUUGCGACCAGAAGUUACAAAUUUCUCAGUUUUUUAAUCCAAUGCGAAAUUUAUGCUGAAGACGCAAAGGCUGAAUAUAUUAAGAAGAUUUGUGAGCAUGAGAUAGUCAGGGGCGAAACUAGCCCCUUUUAAUUCGGGGGGUUUGCCAGAAUUGCCCUGCCAAACCGAUGAUGCCCUGCAGCAAAUUUUUAAUUCUGGUCACUAUUUUUUCCCAAAAUGUUGGCGAUCGGGGGGGGGGGAGGGGGUUGCAAAACGGACAUAAACCAGUUAAAUUAAGGGUCAAAAAAAUUUUUCGGUACAAAUUCCCGUUAAAACAAGGGUGAAACCCUUAUUUCUGGACCAAUAUCUGUAAAAUUUAGGUCUAUAAAUCUAUUCAAUUCUCUCCGAAAGUCCUCUAAGUUACUUAAUUACUCUACAUUCCAUCAUUUAAAAUCUUUGAUUGCCCUGCCAAUCCAAAUGAUUCGGUUUUUUCUGGGUUUUUUUUGUGUUUUUUUUUUGGGGGGGUCACCCCCCCCCCCAUACCUCCCCUCAAGUUUCGCCCCUGGAGAUAGUCAGUGGUAUGACACACAGACCUUUUUAACUAUUCUCUAAACCCUCUGAAUUGUUACUGACCCGUUUGUCUUUGAAAUUAUCUAGCCGUAGUUUCGUAUUAUUUAUAUGUUUCACAUUCUACUCUAGGAACAGCUGUAAUAUUCAAUAGUAAUGUAAUAUUCAAUGUAAUAGUCAAUUUAACUAACUAGGGCGUCAAAUUAAUCGUGUGUACUUAUAUGUUAUAUAUUAUUUGUUAUUCACAUCUUUUUUCAAGUCGUAUUUGUAAAGCUUUAUGUACUAUUUAAACAUGAGCAGCAGUGUUUUAUUAGAUAUAAAUAUACGAGGCGAAGCCGAGUAUCUUUAGCUCUUAUAAAACAGCACUGCGAAUGUUUUAAAUUGCUUCAAAAACGAUCGAUCUAGCGAAGUAAUUUUCAAAAAAUACGUUGAGUAAGUCCAGAAAAUCUAAGUUAAAGUUUAUGUACAUCAAGGGAAAUUUCUAUCACAAAUAAAGAUACGACACGCCAUAUGAUUUUUCUUUGUGUUUUCCUCAUGAAUUAUUAAUGAGUUUUUGAAAUUUGUAUAAUAGUUCAAGUUAAAGGCGUAUAAUGACGUAUAAUAACCACUGUGUGAAAUAUUUGCACAUGCUUACCAGUCAUGGGCGAAUUAUGAUAUCCAUAUAUAUAGAAACGACUUUGCCUAAUUCGUUAGUACUCUUCCGCCUACAAAAUUCUUCUCAAAGAUUUACACGAACUGGGAAAACGCAGAGUUUCAAGCGAUGAUGAAAAUAUGAAGGUGCGUGGGUUGUAUAUUCACCCACAUGCAGGCGGUUGACACGUCAUGAUGCUUAAAAUACUUUACUUUGUUAUUGUGACAAGUAUUAUUGUAAAGUGCAUGUGGAAUAUUCCAUUUUAGAAUUGUUCUUGAUAAUUCUCAGAACAUGCAUAUAUGCUAAACAUAUAAGCCAAGAUUUGUAUUACUAUAGACUCGCGGUAUUAAAAUAUAUUAACUGCACUCAGCCUUAUUUAUACACUCAAAUACUCAAAAGUAUUUGGGCAUGGCUAGCUGUUGCUGAGAAAUCGCUCUAUUUUCAUAUGGACGCGCAAAUACAACGGGAUCUAGUACAGUAUAUCCCAUGCAACAAGCAGAGAAACUAGCGUACAUUAAUUGUAUCGGCCGUCACACAACAUCUUUAUAUUUAAUUCAUAAUUUUAUUUAUUUUUUGUUAUUUAGAUCUGUAAACGAGCGUAAGUCUGAGUUUCUUUAGGCAAAAUGCCCUUUCAUUGAAAAGGUCUAAAACACCGAAUAGAUUUUUUGCCGAAAAUGACAAAUGCAGCAAGAGAUUGCAGGUUAUUAAAAUAAGCAAAAAAACGUACGUUAAUCCUGAGGGUCCAUGGGACCUUUGUCAUUCCAUUUAUUUUGCACUUUAUCAGAUAUCGACUAUCGGAAAACAUGCCAAUGGAAAUAUAAGUUCUUUGCGUUCAAUUGUACAUUUUUUUCUGUAAAAUAUCCCUCACAUCCCUAUAAUAGCCUUCCAUGCAGUGAGAUAAUUAUCUAGGAAAUAUUUGGGGGAGUGUAAAACACCCACAUCACACUUAUUGCACAUGUGCAUGAUGACUUUCACAUUCUGUUUUUGAUCUUGUUAUGAGAGAAUCUCAUUAACAUAAGCUUGUUUGUAAUUCUCAAUUUGGUCGUCUAGGAGCCUAGUUCUUUAGCACAAACAUUUUUGGCAAAAUUGCAUUACAAUUACAUUCUUUAUGCGCGGUUUAUAUUAGAACAGUUUCUAUUAUACUACGUGCAAAUUAAAGAAGCUUUGCAAGGCGGAUUUCCGGUGCAUAUUAUAUGCAUGCUCAUCAAAAUUGCAUCGUUCAUACAAAAUCAUUUUUUGCUACUGUAUAUAAUUGUAUUAAUAUUGGGGACGCAUGUAUGAAAAUAGGCAGCGUCUAUAUAUAUAUUUAUGUCAUUCACUGAUGAUGACAUGUAAGUGUUUGUCAUCCUAUCCAUUAUUAAAUAAUCGCAUUUUGUUAUGAGUGCGUUUAUUCCCCGCCCUGAUAGUGGGCUUCAGAUUAAGUAUUUUCCUUGUUGCUGCACCACCCUUAAAAGUUAAACUAUCCUGAUUCCAAAGCGUGAGCUACUAAUUAGGAAUAGUCAAGCAGUGCGUGCCUAACAAAGUUACAGGUCAUGUUUUCCUAUGAAAUCAAAAGGGUACAAGUUUAAGCGACAUAAAGAACGCCCAGUUGCCUUCAUUAAACGAAUAUAGCAAUUACAAUUGUUAUAUCUUUUGUCAGAACUCCAAAGAAUUGUUGAAUUUUCGCUGGCACUGAGAAAAGUUAACAAAUAAUCAUGGCGAACACAAACAACGCUUGGUUCCACCAAAAUCCAUUUGGACAAAACUUUGGAUACGCGCAUCGACAGUCACAGUUUUACUAUCAAGUAAGUUUAAAAAUUACUUAGUUUAAUAUAAUUAAUGGAUAAUAAAAAGACUGGAAUCACUGGACAUAGGAAACUCACGAUCAGCUGAUUCAGCUCGGAAUGAUACGGUGUCAUUGAAAAGCUAAAACCACUGAUCUUAGGACUCCUGAAGAGAGCAACCUUUUGAAUUCAGGGAAUUAAUUUUGAAGCCAGCAUAUUUAUAAUGAAAGAUGAUUUUUAAAGCUGUCACAUUCCUUACGAAUCAAAUCGUUAUGUGUUUAAAUUAGUUAUACUACCAAGCAAAUAUCUCCUUCUACGUAACGUGAAAGCUAUAGCUUCGCCCCACCUCUUCUAAUACGUUUUAGAACGUCUUAAACACGAGAUUAAUUAGACCAGUUGAGGUAGCCAUGUUAGUAUGACCUCAUUACUUAUUAAUUAUCGGCAAAUUUCAGAGGUAAAAGAGGCCACUAAUAAUUGCUCUAUUUUUAUCUCUACCAAUCACCAGAAACUUUAAAAACCUCUUCUAAAUGUCAGCAUCAUGUACCAUUUGCGGUCAUGGUCAACACCGAUAUGGCCGCGAUUGGCUUCAUUUCCAUCCAGUUUUAGUUUUGAGAUCACGAGUAACUAAAACGUUAGUUCUUAUUAAUUAUGAAAAAAACAACUGUGCGCUCACUAUUAAAUACACAAAAGCGCGCUAAAGUUUGUUUACCUUUUUUUGAUACACCCCACGUAGGCCUAUGUAUUGGCUUGUCUAUAUAAACACGGAAUUUCACCCAUCCGGUUCGAAAGCAGGUAGAUCCAGCUCAUAUACAUAUCUCAUAAUCGGCUCGAAGCGAGCCCGUGACAUGUGUCGGAUAUACUAAAAUUUGGACUGUUGUUAUUGGUAUAUCUCAUGCACAUCCUAAUGCUUAUUUUCUUGUAAACAUUAUAGAGUUCUCCUUAUUUUGGCGGAAACUUAAUUAAUAACGAGUCAAGUACUGGAACGUUCAGCCCAAAACGAAACUUUAAAGCAAUUUUAACCGAUUGUCUUAAAUGCCACAUACAUAUUAAAUUAAUGUCACAAUAAACAGCGAAGGGGGAGGGUCUUUGCAUAUUUUGCAAUGGGGACACGGGAACCAAGCCGAAAAAAACUCCGGGAGACCCUCAAGGGCACCAUGCAUUAUUUGGGAAAAACAUCAACCAGUGACUACUGCUCAUGUUUCGAAAGAAUCUUCUAAUGCCAGUUAAAACCAGUGCAUGGGUAACUAGCAUACCUGUUUUCCAAAAUUUUCAUAAAAGAUAAUUCUUUCAUGUAUGUUUAUAACGUUGAUGUUUAAAAAGCUUUGCCGCACCCCAAAGAUUUUUUUGUCCCUCAAUUUUCUCCCCCCCAAAGUUUGAGGCCAAUGGUGCCACCACGGAAUUGGAAAAGUUCUCCGUGAUGUUAUUGUGUUAGAUGUGUAUAUGCAGUCCAGGCAACUGUACUGCAGAUGUCAAAAUAUAACUCGUAGUAAUGUCAGCGUGAAAUAUUAGCAUUUAUUAUAUGGAUAAGGGUAUUUUAUUGGGAACUAAAACACUCGUAUUACUCAUACGCCACUAUACAUUCGGGACUUGAGUGGCGUAUUUUCCGUAUGUCAUGCUUAGGAGUGACACAACAUUUCCCGCCUUUUUCGCUGUUUUACAAAUGGCUUCUAGUUCACGGUUUGUGGAUUGAAGCGAGGACGACAUUAUUAAGUUUUGCGACGAACAAGAAAACAGAAACACAACAAAAAGGAUGAUAUGCGACUAAUUAAUCAAUGCAGACAAUUAAACAAUGUGAAAAGCAAUUUUUCAAAAUAAACUAACCCAGUUACAAAGCAAAUUUACCAUCAUUCGUCAAAAAAUUAUAAAAAGUCGCUGUUAUGUGGACCUAUCUCGCAGACUUCGGCUGAAAAGCCACCCAAAAAUGGCGGCGUGAGACAGGCUAAUUGCCCAUCUCAUGAUCCCCCCUGCACAAAUACAAUCAUAGUACGCGAGCGUUGAUUGGUUAAGAAGCCUGUUUCUAGCAAGGUGCUCCAUUUACUGUUCGGAGUACUCCGAAUUUUCGGAAAACUAAUGGAAUGGAACAGAAGACAGUCACAUGUUCAGAUGUUCUGAACUGUUCUGACCAGUACCCCGAUUUUCGAGUAGGGGCAACCAGAACAGACACGUGACACUGCCUAUUUUCACAUGAUUGGAAAUGGAGGCGACAGAUUAUGUGUAUCCAAUGCACACUGCAUAGAGCGUUAUUUUGAAGGGUUAAUCGCUAUAUAUCGACAUAUACUUAUUAUAAGUGCUAUUUGAACGCUAGGGUUGAGCAAAAUAAACGACUAUAAACGUUGCAAAAGCAUACUUAGGUAUCCACUAAUGGCCAGAAUAACUAAUUAAUAUAGUAAUGCAUGCUUGCACGCAUAUAUAAUAAACUAAACAUUAUUCCACAACACCGUGUGCACUCCAUUUUAUAUCGUUCCAGAACAGUGUUCUAAAUGUUCUAGAACAGUUAAUGGAGCAGCCUGUAUAUACUAUACGGAAAUACGCGGGACUGAAUUAAUUUCCUGUGUUGCAGCCUUGAUUUUAAAACGUAAACAAAACAAUUUUAACGCUGUAAUAGAAACAAAUGUGAUAAUACUAUAAUUUUGACAACGAAAUUAAGGAACCGCAUCAUAAAGGAAUUCUCAGUUUAAAUAAGAACGAGACUAUUUUAUGGUCAAAAUGACGAGCAAAGGCUCAGUAACCGAUCGGUGUGGAUUUUAUGCUGAGAAAGUGAAAAUUUGUAAAUUAAUCGAUAUAGACAAUGUGUAUAAAACGUUUUCUUGGGUAUUAUGAAAGAAAUAGAAAACAUUUUCUCCCGUGUUUCUAUCCAGUUUAUUACAGAAACACUUGUGGUGUUUUGCGAGAACUCGAAAUCACGUGGAAUAACUCUAGGCUAGUUUUCCCGCGAAUUAUUUUUCGUUCUCCGAAACUCCCACGCGUGUUUCGAUAAUUGUAUAGAAAACGGAAAAAGUUUUUUAUUACCAAGAAAACAAACUACUUUGGACAUCCGCAUAUCGGUACGCACGCGUGUUUCGUUUCAGGAAAGUGCACUUGGACCACUACUUGAGACACCCACGGUUGCCAAGGAGACGUAAAUUACAUUGAGUACAUUACAUUAUACUGCGUUCACACCACACCGGCGCGAAAUAAUGGGGGCAGAAUUCACCUGUGUUCACACUACUCCUUUACAGUUUGUUUACAAAUGAAUUAAAUUAGCACUCAUGUAAACCCAAAAUAUUUCAAAUAAAGCAAAGAAAUUUAAACCGGAAGAGCAUUCGAAUUUAUUAUUUUGAGAUCUGAGAUGCUUGUUUUGCAAGCGGUACAGAAAAGUAACGGCGUUUGUGUUGACACCAGUGAGUGAACUCUAUUGAUACUGGAACAAUAACUGAAGGCCUUAUAAACACGCCCUACUUGCCUGAAGCCAAGCUAGAUGAAGCAAACCGCGCAAGGAAAUUGCACUUUUAUAAAGGGCUAAGGAGAAUUUCUAUAGGAGUGGGAAAUUCAGUCAAAGUUUAUUUUCGACGAAAAUGAGCAAGUCGUUUUUCAUCAAAAGACUUCAAUUUUAAAAACCCCAAUACGAUUUAUUAGAUAGUUAGAACUGCUUUGCAUUUAGCAACAGCGAAAGUUUGAAGGGUAUCAUUUUUCUUUUCAUAAAAACGACACUAGUUGAACGUGCCGAAGCGAACUUUGCUCUUUAACUAAAAAAAACAACUUUAAAACAUAAAUCCACCGACCAAUACCUGUUUUGUACUAUUAAAGUCUAGGUAUAGUUGUUUAUUUUGAGUGCUCUUUGACAUCGCUAAAACGUGAAUAAAAACCCCUCCCCCCUUGAUUGUGAUUUGGCGCCCGGGAGAAGUAUCGCGCUCUGUGACUUUCAAAAAAGAACUGGGGAGAGUUCAAUUUCCUCGUAACUUUGUUGUUUUUAGCAAAAAUACGCCGAAAAAUUAGGUUUUUCGUCCGAAGAUUUCAAUUUCAAAUAUUUAAACUUGGUUUUCUGGAUUUUAAGUAUUCUGCAUCAAGUAGCUGCAAAAACGUUUGAGGUAUCAGCUAGUAUUUGCAACAUUUAACAAAUUUGAACGUGCCGAAGAAAACUUCGCUCUUUAACUCGCAAGAAAAUAAGGUUUAAAUCUCUCUACGUUCACGAAACUUGUUUCGGAGUAAAACUCAAGUAUAUUGUCGUUUGCUUUUUGACCCUCGCAAAUCUUUAGGAAUCUUGCACAAAACCCGAACAGAAUGGCUGUAAGCAGAACAUAAAACAAUAUAAACAAAUACAAAAAACAUGUACAGAAGUCUGGAUGGUUGAGAUUAGGCGAGGAUUGAGAUGGACUGUAUACUUGACAUCUUGAUUUAUUCAGGUUGGCAGACACUUUUUCAAGUUUAGGUCAAUUUGUAUGAAAACGUCGUCUUACAUGCUGUGUGGAAGUUCAGAGUUGUGUAAUAUGAUUUGUAUAUCAUAACUGAACCUAUUUAUAAUGUUUAUUUUCAAAUUCGGAGGUCAGACUUUGAAAAAAAGACAUUUUUGGAGGCUUCAAAUAAACUGUUUUGUGUAAAAAAAUCAGCGUUCUUUUGAUGGUGUAAUUUCGGCCUUUUAUAGCAUUCGUGGCGGCCUUAAAUUUGGCUUCAAAGAUGGCGGCCGAGUUAUCGUUCCAGUCUUAUUAGACGGUUCGCUGGUUGAUACGAAGCCGCAAAGCGCUCUGUUUUCAUCACUCUCCGUUUAGAAACCGUACGCGUGUUCAAAUUGUUACGGCAAAAGUGACGUUUUGUAGUAUUUAUGAAUGGUCUAUCAAAUAUUUCCAUAUAUGCAAAUGUUGCAAACAUCACAUUUAUACACUUUCACAUAAGGCAUAUUUUCCUUGAAAACAACAAGAGUCUUUAUAGGCACUUAUGAUUUGUAAUUUUACUUAGAAACGAAAAGGAAAGGGAUGAACGUAAAGUUUUAAAACCCCACUGCCAAAAGAGGAUAUAGUCGUCACGCCCAGAUUGUACUUAGUGUACUUGAAAUAUUCGCUGCUCUGAAACGGAAAGUUUAUAUUGGGUGACGCGUAAUAAUCUUUCCGCAUUUGCUUUGAUCAGUAUUGUGUCUAUACAAAGUCGAAGAACAAUAUAUUCAGCUAUAUGUUAAUUGCCGCUACUUUCACAUUAGUUUUUCAUGUGCUUAGUUGAAAUUUCGAGUUUCUCAUUUGGUUUUAUAGUUCGAAGGGAUGGCUUAACGGUUAUUAAACGCUUUCGAUUCGUACUAUGCUUCUGAUACAUAUACAUACAUAAAUAAACUUUAUUUACCUUCGAAUUUACAGUGUAGCUAAUUUUAGCUAACAUAUUCGAGAACUACAGUAUAUAUAUAUUAACUAUAAUAUAUACAUUUAUAUAUCAAUAAAUGAAUUUAACUAUGAAAUAUUUAAAAUUCAUGUUAAUCAUUUGUUACAUUCGUGACGGUUUUGCGCAGAUUUCAUUUUUAAUUUGCUACUAAUCAAUUUGUAGCUGUAUAGAUUGAUUAUAUAACCACAGAUAACACAAUGGACAUGGUAUCACUGCUCUAUCUAAGAAAUAAAGUUAACGCCAAAAUAGAGUAACGUCUGAAAUUUUUCAAUGCCAAUGGGUCGGCAACGAGUAUUAUACACCAUGGUAGCUAUAACAUCCAUUCCCAGCCGACAUUUGAAAAAAUAUAAAAUACAACGAAUUAGAAAGAGAUACAUACAUUUUGAAAAUUCAAGAUAUGCAUGAUUAAAAUCAAUGAAGACAUUCUGAGUUAAUUGAUAUUUUGACUUUAUUUCGAAGCCUUAAAGCUUCAGUCCAUUGACUACAACAAACUACUACCGUAUCUGUAUAGCCUACGUUUAUAUCCAGUAGAUGCAUUAUACAAGAUGCAGUAUGUUAUAUAUAAUAUUCAGAAUUUGUAUAUUUUUGCACUAUAUAUAGAACGUUAUGUAACUUUAUAACAGAGUCAUUCACUUAAAUCUACAUUCCACCUGUUAUAGACAACAAUUAAAAAUUCAAUUAGGCAAUCAAUCUCAACCUUUAUCAAACGACAGCAAUGUGUAAGUUUCUUUUUAUUUUUUGAGUUAUUCUUAGUUCAAAUCGUUCUUAAUAUUUGUGUGACUGUUACGAAGGUUUCAAUGUCAGUUUCGAAUCAUUGGUUAAUAUUGAUAGGGAGAUUUCAUGUGCUAAACCUACUGUAAUGCAAAUGACUCAAACAAAUUAAUUUGAUCAUUUGCAUUCGGUUCGGCACAUGACAAGGGGGACGUUAGAGCUAACGCCAUAUAAAACUGAGAAGUCCCCGACCGCAAAACAGCGUUUUUCUCGCAGUUACCUCAGCUAUAAAAUGGCGUGCGUUAAAAUGGCCGUGUUAAUAAAUCGAGAUAUCCAACGAGUUCGCGUACAGUCACGCGACCUUGCCCUUGGUAAGCUAUUCUUAAUGCUUGCCCAACACAAUCACGUAUUCUAUUUGCGUUGAAACGUAGCUGAAACACUCAUCAAGCCUUUAUUUUGUUAAUCUAGAACUUAAAAUGUCCCUUGUGAUGGCAAUACGAGACUGCCUCAUUUGACCCGGGCUUUAAAGUUUAUAGUUCUGAGGCCUUAAAGUUUAUAGUUCUGAGCGAUUGUAUUUAUGCGUCUGCAUGAUAGCAGCACUAUUCCUAUAAUUUGAAAAAAUCCAUCAUGCUACAAGACGAUAAAAAUAAAUCGUAUUUCCCAUGGUGCAUUUCUGCACGGCGCCAUUCUUGUUUAAACUCAACCUUUAUGCUGGCAAUUCUGACGUUUCACAUCGACAUUCAAUUGCAUUGAUUAUAGACACAACAGGGUCCUUUACCUAACAGGAUGGCGAAGGCUAUUGAUACAAUGAAAUUUAUGAUAGUGUAGAAAGGAAAAUUUAAUUGUAAUUUAAUUUAAAGUCCCAAUUGGGAGUUUCAGAAGUGUUCCCGCUCUGCCAGCUCUGUUUGCAACAACAAACCAAAGAUUCUUACGUCAUCAAGUGCGUCUGAUACAACACAGUAAUGUCUUGUCACUCUGUCUUAAUCUCCACUAAAUUCAUACAAUAGAUAUUCAUUGAUUAACUAGAGUUAUUUAUUUGAAGGAGUUUGUUUUGAAUUUGAGUUGGCCCUAUAACUAUAUAAACAUUUGCUCAAAUACAAAAGUAUUUUUAUUCCUGUCCUCUCGAGACGUUUUAUGUCACUACUCACUAGUCUAGCUAACUCCUUAGUGUAGGCUAAAGGAUGCAUGCAUACGGUUUAAUCGGGAACGCCAUAACUCCCUGGAAUAUAAGGAUGAAAUACCCAUCGGCAAUGAGUGGUUGCAUGAAAUUUUCAAUUCUGAGUAACGGGCUUAAUUGCAGACUUCGAGUGUUCCUCUAGUGUCCGCCGACGCAGGCAUUGAUAAACUACAAAUAUUAAGUGAAAUGAUUACACAUAUUUCGUAUACAGGACUUACAAUUGCUUGGUUGGAGCCGGAAAGCCGAUCUAGUGGCGUAUCUGAAUGAUUUGUGAAUUACCGUGGCCGGAUCUGUUGGAUAAAUACUGGUUUAGUAUUAGACAGCCGAUAUUUUAUGAUCUAGAUCACUCACUUUGUAUAUGUUAGCAUUAAAUUAUUAAAAUUGUAUAAAAAGGCAAGCUAAAAGAUAUGAUACAAGAUUUUUUGCAUUCCAUGUGAAUUAGGUAAGCUGUAAGUGUACAUUGGAAAUCAUGAGGCAUAGCUCUGAAACUGAUCAUACACGCAAAUUUGUAGUUUCGAAUCUUUGUUUUUGGGGUGGAAUAAUUUUAAUGGUUCAUUAAGCACUCAAACGCUAAUUUUUAAUGCCCUCUUGACCUACCCUGAUUGUCUUAGACGCUCUGGAAUUUGCAUCCGGUCACAACAUUAUUAGGUAAUACAAAAGGCGUUAUCAUGAGAAAAACAUUGUAACAAGCAGAUUUGCAUCGUCAACAUACUGCAGACAUCCGAAACCGUCUACAGGCUACAAAGUUAAUUCGAUGACAUUUAUUUGGGCGAUUUGUUAAACGUACUUUCCAAACAAGCUUAGUUUCAAAGCUGCCUGAAAAUUUCUCAGACUUUGUGUUGCCUUGGAGGUAUGUUGUUCUGUGUUUUGAUUGCAUAAAAUUUGUAUUAAUUUAAUUGCUGACACGAUCAAUAUUAUCUAGUUGCAUGGGAAUAUAUUUUGUAUGUUAUGCAUUUGUGCCUAAACUAGGCUUGCUCUGCAUAACAGAGUUGUCAUAAAUUUCACGGAGACGGCUAAAUAUGAAAGUAUCAGAAUUUGAUAUGUGAUAUUCGAAACACCACGAAGUGACAGUCCAACCGGCCCCCCGGUGACACCGGAUGACAAAUGUACUGUUGCGUAUCGCUGGAACUGCGCUAAAACACACUUAAAGCGCUGUCUAUAAGCAGUGUGUUGGUAAACACAUACUUAUAUAUCCGCCUGCUAGCUCAGAUACAUGAGUGUGUACUGUUUGGCCAGCCGCGUAACAGCAUUGAUGUUGCAGGAUUGUUAGUUUUGUAGCAUUUCAUUGAAUAUUAUUCGCAUGUGAGUGAGUACUUUUACUUCAUGUAUUUUUUAAUUAAUAUAGUUGUUGCUAGCUAGUUGCUACAUGCUUGUCUCGACCAAGUGAUAUAGCCUAUACAACUACAAAGCUGCGAGCAACUAAUUUUCAUUGUUAUCUGGCAAUGCACAUGGAGAGUAUUAAUAAUAAAAGCCCUUUUGUAAAUGCAAUGCCAUGCAGACAGCAUUUUUAUAUUGUUGUAUUGAAUGUAUUCGUAUUUAGAUGAGCGGGUUAGAGUAUGUUUUAGUUAGCAACUCCAUCUAGAAAAUUAAAUGUUAGAACUGCAUAUGUUGCACAAAUGCAGCUAGAUUAUACACAAAUCAUUUCAAUUCUAUGAGUGCCAAAAUCAACGAAAUCUAAGGUAUAUAUGGUUACACUUUUCUUGGAAAAAUCUUUUCAUGCAGUAUAUAUAUAUAUAUAGAUAUAUGUACACAUAUUUCGAAGGCGAGUCAAUAUCCAGUGAAUAUAAUUAAUAAUGUUAUAUAAUUAUUAAAGCUAAUACUUUGCAUCAUAUAGUUUUAAAUAUUUAAGGCAUAAAGACUUUUUCGUGACGAAAAUAGGAGCUAUGUUCUUAAUUAUACAUCUACGUAUUUUAAUUAUAGCUACAUGUUCAUUCAUCUGACUCAGACCUCGAAAUUAUUUAAAGUAUCGCGCCCAUUGGAAAUUCGUAGGCUAUUUGUAGUAUUUAAAAUCGUGGUUAUAGCCUAUAGGUAUAUAAAUCUUAAAGUUUAUAGGCUAUAUAGGCUAUAUUUAUGUAUAAGAGCAAUAGUUAUUGAAAUUUCCCACAAGGCACAAGCGACUCAGUAUAUAUAAUUCCAUGACAUGCCCAGUCACAUUCCUAUUAUACUGAGAGUCUUGAAAAUGACUGACAAUUUUUGAAACUCGUUUAAAGUAUAGGCUAUCACUAUAAAAGAUCGCCGUUCCUUUAUAUGUAUCUAUAUACCGAAACUGGUAUUUAUGUUGAUUAAAUACUUAUUAUUCCUUAUUCACAAAAGUGCAUGCAUGCAUGCAUGUGAUGAAUUAUUAUUCAGUAUCAGUUUUGGAUAUUAAAUUUGUUUAUACUGUAUACAAUGAUUGAUAUUACCAUUGCUGGAAAUUCUUUUGGAAAUAGUAAUAUUAAAAUUUAAAGUCGGCUUUCUCAGCUAUAUAUAUAUAUAUAUAUAUAUACAUAUAUGCAAAGAUAGACUUAUAAUUAUUGGUGACUUUGGUAUCUUGCUGUGGUAGCCUAUAACGAUUUAUUGUGACAAAUUUUUGAUGCGAAUCUAUAGUCUAUAGUAUAUAGAGCUGAUCAAUACAGUAUUAUUAAACGUUUAUUCACAGAGUCUAAGCGGAGCAGAUAAACGUACAGAUGUAAUUUGAAUACAUCGAGUAUAUACAUAUUAUAAGGCAGCUCUGUGGCAGCUGCUUGCGGGCAUGGUUCAAUUUGUACAUGUCUCGCAGUAUUUGUCCAUGCAACUCAAUGCAUGUAUGCUGAAGAGAAGUUAAUUUAUAAACACGAUGCGAUAGUUCGUAUAUAAACUUUCCGCGAAUCUUGUAUGUGAAAUUAUCUCACAUGGCCUGUUUUCGACGUCGAAUUUAAUUAGUUGAAGUUAGUUAAUGUUUCUGAAUUUCACUCGGGGGGGAUUUUGGAGAAAAUUUCUAUCAAUUUGGCGGCCAAACUCGUCGAGCCCCGACAAUGUACUUAGUCGAAUAAAACUAUCUGAAACGUCCAAUCUCUCGACUUGAAUAACAAAUUCAGCUUCAUUGAAUUCCACCAAAAUCGAUUUCUAAAAUAGGAGUACAUGCAAGUAUAGACAAUAAUCAAUAUAGGCUACAAAAAUUAAUCCCGGCCAUCAGCAACAGACACGCAGUUGGCAGUAGCCUUGUGUAAGGUUGCCAGUGAGAAAACUACCCUGUUUGUGAAAAGUUGUUGAAUUGGAAGUUAAUAAAUAUGUUUUGGAACACCUGUUUCUUACAAAUCUGUUGCGGACAAUUGGGAAAUUAAUUGCUUAACCGCUAAGUAUAAUGUCAUUGACUCAAAAGCCAAUGCCCUGCACUAACAAGCAACACUGAGCACAAGGUAAAAUUUCAGCCGUUGCUUGCUAAAUGAUCGUUUUUGUUGAGGAACAUCAUAAUUGAAGCACGCUUUUUCUUCGGAAAAUAUCACUUUUAUUUUCAAUUGUCGUUUUGACUGCGCAUUCCUGGUUUGCGGCGUAUGUAUAUAUGCAUGCCACGCAUGCACUGCAUGCAUGGCAGCAAACUGCAGCACGUAUAAUGAGAAUACGUUGAGACACGUUAGUUUCGUGUUAUUAACCAAGAAUGUACAUUAAUCUGUCCGAAAUUAGCCUCAAGACAUAUACUAUGUGUUGUGUAUAUAUAAUACAAACUUACAUUAUAAAAUGCAACUAGUCAAGUUAAGUUUGACAUCAAAGCAAUAAUAUUGUUGUGUACCAACGACUAAAGCACGGCAGGCGUACACUUAGGAAUGUAGUGAAGAUUUUAUGUUAGUAGUUCUAUAUAUAUACACUGAUAAUAUAUAUAUAUAUAUAUAUAUAUAUAUAUAUAUAUAUAUAUAUAUAUAUAUAUAUAUAUAUAUAUAUAUAUAUAGCUUAAGUUUUUGGUUUACGAACUACAAACAGUGCUCAAUACCAUAUAGAUAGAGCGCAAUAUAGUUUUUUGUUUUACCUCAAAAAACCACAACAGUCUGUUUCAUCCGUAUAGGAUUCAUCAAGUAGACCACCUGAUGAUUCCUGUACGGAUGAAACAGACUGCUGUGGCUUUUUGAGGUAAAACGAAAAACUAUAUAUAUAUAUAUAAUAUAUUAUAUAUAUAUUAUAUAUAUAGGCCUAUAGCGGCGUGCAAUGUAUCUAUAUAUAUUAGCAAUGGUUCUGGUUCGCUAUGGCUGUAAAUGAAUACAGAGUAGAGAUUCAAUUCAAGAAUGUUCGGAAGGUGCGAAAUAUUAUAGUAACAUUGUAAUGGUCCGGUCCCGACCAUUGGAAUGUAGGCCUGCGCAGAACGUAUGCGCAGAAUGGACUUUACAUGGUCUUUAAAUAUUGAGCGCGCAAGGUAUGAUGGGUAACUUCCUGUGUGGAGGCUUAAACUAGAAAAAUGUGAACACUUUCAGUAUAGGGCUAUUUGAUUCACUAAGCUAAUAAUAAGGCUCCGAAUAAGCAAUACCCACAUACCUUGAACGCUCAAUGUUUAACUGAAGUUUAAGACUUUUUGAAGGACAACCUUUUUUAAUUUAAUAUAUUGUUUUUUUACUUCCAGUCAACCAUUAACAGUGCCACAACUAUGAAACCAAUCCUAUCAUACAGCUCACCUGACGAUCGUCCGUUAAAUACAUACUUAGGAUUGCCGGUAAGUUAUAAUUAGUUGAAUUGUUCAUUUAUACCAUGGGUUUAUUCUAUACAUUGUGAGUAUAUACAUUUAACCAUAGGUAUAGAUAACUGUCUUGACAAUUCAGACCCGGAGAACUAUGAGACCCGCAAUCUGUUAGCGAAAAUAAUUAUCGCGAAAAUAUAGACUUGGUGGCGUGUCUUAGGGAAUUUUCUUUCACGACAGAAAAAGAUCGAAAUUGAAUGGCACACAAACUCGUGUGAAUUAAGGUCGUUUUCGAAACUGAAAUUAGUCAAACAAGGCUAUAAGUUCCUUGAAUCAUUAUUGCUAUUGAAUUAAAAAGGAUAUUGUGCUGCAGUUAAAUAACAAUAAAUAUAUUAUUUAGGCUACAACACAUUGUGCCAUGAGUUCUAAAGAAUUGAGCUCUUUACUUUUAUUAUUUUAAACUUUCUAAUACGUGUCAAACGGACGUAUAUGCAUGCGAUGUAAUUAUUAAUAACUGCUGCAUGUAAUUUGUUUAUAAAGCGUUUUCAUACUAAAUACUAUACUGUAUACUUAUACACUAACAUACAUGGGCCUGGAUUUUAUUCCUUGAUCGAGGCCCAAAAUACGGUCAGUUGGCACUUCACUUCAUGCAUGCGUUCGGUUAUCAAUCCCUGCUUGUCUGCCUGUAUUCACCUUGCUUUAUUAUCGCCGUGUUAAUGCAGCAAAACCUCGAUUUGAUAUUUUUACGUAGUUUAUCUGCCCCAACCAUAUACGUGCAUAAUGCAGUCUUCGCACGAAGUAAUUUCAUUUCGACGAAAAAUAUUGCAUAAUAGACCUGUGCAAUUAAAAUGUUGCCAUGGGAACAUCUAACGUACUAGAUGCUAUAAUAAAGAACUUACUUUAUUUUAAUACCAGCAUGUGGAUGAGCCUAUGGGAUACGUAUCAAGCGGAAGUACUGAAGCAUGUGAUGUUUCGGAAGGCAGUUUUGAUCAUGAGGACCUGGCAUCUUCAUUAAUAUCACUGAAUGACAAUGAUCUUAUAGAUCAUGCUUUGCCUGAUAUUUUAGAUGAAGGUAAGGGUAGUAUAACAAUGUAAUUAAAUUGAAAUGAAAAACAUUUUUAACAGCAUGGUUACUGACAGUCAAUGAGCUAUCAUUCAAAGGGCUAGUUAAAAACACCCCAGAUUUUGGAUUUUUAGAAAUUAUCGGGUUGCAGCAGUCGCCUAUACCCCCCCCCCCAAAAAAAAAAACCCAACCCCAAAACAAUAGUGUCUGCCACUACCAAAGUCGUUUGUCGUAUAGGACUAUAAAAUAUAUUUCUCAAUCUAUUUUUAUAAAGAUCUACGAAUCUUCGAGUUCGACUUCGGGAGCUACGCCGCCAAUCAAUUAACUGCGGUCGAAGGUGAGCUGAAAUUCAUGCAUAUUACAUGCAAUGUUAUUUGUACAUGUAGACAUUUAUUUCUUAAGAUUGUUGUAUAGGAUAAUUCUAUUUUUAAGCUCCCCCGAAAAAUUUAAAAAAUUGAACCUCAAAUAUGCCAUAGAUUGAUAAGAUCAGUUCCAUGAUCCGGCAUAGGAAAACUGAAUUGCUUUUUAUAUGUGCCUUACAAACACUGCACUAGUGAAUCCUUGAUUUUAAAUUCUUUAAACCGUAUAUAUGUACAUUAUGUUUAUUUAUACAUCUACUCAUGGAAUUUAUUUGACAUUUAGAUCGUAUUGCACCACUUACCGAAGAAGUUGUUGAGCCACCACCAACGCCGACGCUAUGUCCAGAAAACGGUAAGCAUAUACAGUACACAUCCUUACUGCACUCGUUAGAAAACAUGUUCAAAGUACACACCUGGCUUGAGGUUGACCUAGGACAGAUCUAGUGGUUCAGGCCACCUCAAAUGCUUGGCCGCCUCAAGUCUGUGCUUCUACGUGGCUCCAAGACCUGAAGAACAGCCAAAGUCACCUGAAACAACAUACAGAUCUUCGCUAAUGGAUGCCUACGACGAAUUCCCCGAGUCCAUUGAAUCUCAAACAAGGACUUGAGAGUAACAGGACAGGUGAAGAUGGAAGAAUAGAUCAAACGAAUGGGGUGGACCGCAAAUGGAACACAAUGCAGCAUUGCCAAACAAGCUUUGAAUGAAAUCCCAAAAGAGGUGCCCAAGAAUGACCUAUAAGAGCAACUGGAGACGGAAAAAGAGGGUGAGGCAGAACACUGGAGACGUCAGUGGAAUUGGGAGCAGCUUGAGGUUAUCUGCUUUUGGUCGGUCCUGGGUCAGGUCUCGAGUGUGAACGGGUUUACACUGAAUGAAGGAAUGCAUUUAUAGCUAUGAAAGUAUAUGUUUUUGACCCUAUAGUUGAUGACCGAGUUGUAACUACAAAAAAGACUGCUCAAAGCAAACGAAAAUCAUCGUUGAAAAGACCACGCCGCCCAAGACCAAGGAAUCGAGGUAAUAGUACAUCUUUUUUAUUUCUCAUCUCGUUGUCGUUGUCGUUGUCGUUGUCGUUGUCGUUGUCGUUGUCGUUGUCGUUGUCGUUGUCGUUGUCGUUGUCGUUGUCGUUGUCGUUGUCGUUGUUGUUGUUGUGAUUCUUAUGUAGCAGUUCUGUUCUAUCAAAUUCGUGUUCGUUUCUCACCCAUUUACCUUUUCAGGUAAUCGAUCAAUUCAUUUAUGGGAGUUUCUGAAGGAGAUGCUGAACAACAGCGAAGAAAAUAAAAGUUAUAUUAAAUGGAUAAGCAAGAGGGAAGGAAUCUUCCAACUUGUCAACUCUAGCGGAGUUGCAAAACUAUGGGGCCAAAGGAAAAACAGAAAAAACAUGACUUACGAAAAGAUGAGUCGUGCACUAAGAUAUUACUACGAGAAGGAUAUCUUGGAACGUGUUCCAAAUGCUCGCCUCAUUUACAAGUUCGGUGGUAAAACUAGAGUAAUUGCGACGGAAAACGGUGAUGAUUCUUUAUCCGACUCAAGUGAACACUAAAUGAGGUUGAACCUUGCAUUUGUACAGUGCGAAUAGCAACAAAUAUAGAUAUUGGAAGAGUAUAUUGGGUUCUAGCAUGGGCCAAAAUAGUGUUAGCCUCAUAUUAUUUUAUAGUAGGUAAUAUUUGAGCGUUAGAAUUUAAAAUCAGUGGAUAAUGUCGAAAUUAGGUACGAUAUAUCCAUAUCAAUAUUUUGGUAAUUCUCAACGAUAUCACUCAAAGAGAAUCACUGUUGUGUACAUACUCAGCGUGUAAUUAAUGGUGAAAUAUUUUUUUGUAUAUUGAUAGUUUCAGUUAUAGUUUCUCCAUCCAAAUAAUUUUAAUGCAUUCGUAUAACUUAAUUAAUAAAAAGUGUUAAAUUUGAACUGAUAAAAAGACUUGGAACUUCGCCUUUAUGGAUUACGGUAUUUGCAUGAAUUCGGCGGUUUUAAGGGGAGGGGAGAGUUAAAUGUUGUAGUUAUUGUCUCUACCAUAUUGAUAGGAACGUUAAUAAUUUCUAUUAUAUACUAAUGCAAAAGUGAAUAAUUUCCAUUCUUACAAAUUAAACAUCUGCCAUUUUCGGUUCAUCUGGUUCGGUUUUUAUGGAAAGUGUUCUAUAUAGGACGUGCAAUGAAUUGAAAUGAGUCAGGGGUCUAAACGAGUGGUCAAACCCUUGUAUAGAAUAUAGAUCAUCAUUCGACUACCAGCCAUUGCAAUUGACAGAUCUGGUGCCCGUAUCACAACUUCGAAAAGUAGCAAAAAGGGGCGCUAAGCUUAUAGGGUGCCGUGAGCGAACCAAUAGAUAUGUUGGACACGGUGUACGUGGGGCUAGUAUAUCAGUUCCAUCUAUUCUCUGCUAUUGUUUGGCAGUUAAAGUCCACACUCAACUUCAUCUAAUAAUUAUGUAGACAAACUUAUGGAUAUUUCCAAUUGAUUGUACCAUGCAGAUAUAGAUCUCCAGCUUUGAUAACAACUUGAAUCGUUCAGAUCUGUCGUAUAUAAUCCAUUCUCCUGGGGCGGGUUGUAAGUGGUUUUUAACCUUUCCAAAAAUGCAUGAAAAGCUGUGAAACAACGGAUAUGGACCUAGCAAUUAAUAAAAAGAAACUAUAAUUUUUAAAUUUAAUUCGGACUACACCAAUCAACGGCCAAUUUUCAGGAAAAAUUACUAUGUGGAGUAUCGCACUACCGGUCUUCAUAGAACCAGUCCCAGGUCUUGGCUACAUUAAAGAGAAUGGAUUAUAUACGACAGAUCGUAACUGUGCAAAUUGUUAUCAAGUCUAAAGAGACUAGUACUGUCCAUAAUUGAGUUUGUCUACAUUUAAUAAAUAUUGGAUGAGGUUGAGCGUGAUAUCGAGAAUUAUCAAGGUCGAGUUGUGUCAUAGAAAUAGUAUCUAUUAUUUCCAUGGGUUAAUGUUUUCAAUAGUUAUUUUAUUACGCUUAUAUCAUUCAAGAAAAACAAAAUAGUUUUAGGAUUUUGGCAAGGACCUUUUUCUAUUGAGGUUCCCUUAUCUUUUUCUCUUCAAAAUACUCGUUGAAAACUCUUAAUGCUGUCUUUGUAUAGAUGGUUUAGUGUUUCCGCUUGUUUUUCGUCUAAUAGUUUUUCUUAAUCGCUUUCAGUUACCGAGCGAGUUCUCGCCAUGGCUUUAUUUCGUUUUCGUGUAAACAGGCUUUUGCUGGCAUUAUGAUUAUUCGGUGCAGAGCUGACGUCAUAUCUACAUGUAGAAUUGGAUCUGAUCCAAAAUUGCAGUCCCAACGCCCAAACCUUUUCUUUCAAAUUUUAAGUGUUUUGGAAUCAAAUAGUGAUAGUGAAUUUUUCAUAUAAUUUAAAUAAUCUUCUGACUAUUAGCUAUUACUAAAGUUAUAAAUUUGUAGCAACAUACAACCGUUUUCACGUAGUGAUUCGAAGGUACUGUUAGAUGCGUGACCAUGAAUCAAUAUGAUCAGUUUGAUCUUGUAUGCAUGCAUGUUAUUUUAAAAUCAUAUCCCGUC